GGAGUGAUGGCCGUGUUGGGCCCAGCGUCUGGUGUCCAGAGAUGAUAGAGGUGACCUCAGAGUCACCUUUAACCCCUGACCCCCACCACAACCCCUGAGAGCGAGCUGAAACUGAUCACACACACACAGGCUGCAGUGGGGUCUUCUUCCAAAUGACUCCCUCAGGCCUGAAGACUGUUUCACUGCAGCCACAGGCCUGAAGACUGUUUCACUGCAGCCACGGGCCUGAAGACUGUUUCACUGCAGCCACAGGCCUGAAGACUGUUUCACUGCAGCCACGGGCCUGAAGACUGUUUCACUGCAGCCACGGGCCUGAAGACUGUUUCACUGCAGCCACGGGCCUGAAGACUGUUUCACUGCAGCCACGGGCCUGAAGACUGUUUCACUGCAGCCACGGGCCUGAAGACUGUUUCACUGCAGCCACGGGCCUGAAGACUGUUUCACUGCAGCCACGGGCCUGAAGACUGUUUCACUGCAGCCACGGGCCUGAAGACUGUUUCACUGCAGCCACGGGCCUGAAGACUGUUUCACUGCAGCCACGGGCCUGAAGACUGUUUCACUGCAGCCACGGGCCUGAAGACUGUUUCACUGCAGCCACAGGCCUGAAGACUGUUUCACUGCAGCCACGGGCCUGAAGACUGUUUCACUGCAGCCACAGGCCUGAAGACUGUUUCACUGCAGCCACAGGCCUGAAGACUGUUUCACUGCAGCCACAGGCCUGAAGACUGUUUCACUGCAGCCACAGGCCUGAAGACUGUUUCACUGCAGCCACAGGCCUGAAGACUGUUUCACUGCAGCCACGGGCCUGAAGACUGUUUCACUGCAGCCACAGGCCUGAAGACUGUUUCACUGCAGCCACAGGCCUGAACAACAGCCAGUCAUGACAUCAAGCAUAGGGGAUGAUUCUAGCAUCUUCGACGGGUCGAUGGAUGAAGAUGACAAGGACAAAGCAAAACGCGUGUCUCGUAACAAGUCGGAGAAGAAGAGACGAGACCAGUUCAAUGUCCUCAUCAAGGAGCUGGGCACCAUGUUGCCUGGCAUCACACGCAAGAUGGACAAGUCCACCAUCCUGCAGAAGAGCAUCGACUUCCUGUGUAAACACAACGAGAUCUCUGCUCAGUCUGAGUCCAGUGAGAUCAGACAGGACUGGAAACCUCCGUUCCUUAGCAACGAGGAGUUCACCCAGCUCAUGCUGGAGGCUCUGGAUGGAUUCUUCAUAGCGAUAAUGACAGAUGGGAACAUCAUCUACGUCUCUGAGAGCGUCACCUCCUUGCUGGAACACCUGCCGUCGGACCUGCAGGACCAGAACCUGUUAAACUUCCUCCCCCUGGAUGAACACUCAGAGGUGUACAAGGCUCUCUCCAAACACCCCUCCGACCCCGAGAGCCUCGGACCAGAGUACCUCAAGACCAAGAACCAGCUGGAGUUUUGUUGCCACGUGUUGAGAGGAACCAGACCUAAAGAACCUGCCGUCUACGAACACGUCAAAUUCAUCGGCAACUUCAAGUCGCUGAACGACGUCCCCAACACCACCAGGAAUGGUUUAGCAGGAGUGUUACAGAGAUCCCUACAACCUGCCUUUGAUGACCUGGUCUGCUUCGUAGCCACCGUCAGGCUGGCUAAACCACAGUUCAUCAAGGAGAUGUGUACAGUGGCGGAGCCCAAUGAAGAGUUCACCUCCCGACACAGUCUGGAGUGGAAGUUCUUAUUCCUAGACCACAGGUAA